GUGUCUCUGGCGCUCCAGCCAUCUCUUUCACUGCUCAAGGUAUAUGCAAUGGACAGGCAUCCGAGCAGCCGGGUCUCACAACGGCGUCAUCGAAUCCUCUGCUCCGGUGCGCUGUUCAGGGCCACCGGGCAACAGCAGCAUGCGAGCACAGAAAUUCUCUCUGAUCUUCGUACUUGGCGAUUGAGGUGCCUUUUUGAGCGAAUGGGGUCCAUACUACUACGCUCGCUCGCUCAAUUGCAAGCUGAUAUUUUAGCUUCAAACCUGUCUGCCAGCUACUCGAGCUAGCAUUCCCCCUGCCUGAUCACUGCUUCUUUGAUAGCUGACCAGGACAGCCCCCUCAUGUCAGUAUGAGGAGGGGUCUCUAGAUCAAUCAGACAUCAACAGCUCGACCGACUCAAUUGGGCGCUCAACAUUGUACGCUCUGCAACCCCGGAAUCUCCGACAAUGCCUCUCAUUAAGCCAAAAUCCAGCUCUCAGGGCUUGGGUAUCUCUUACUCAUCCACAGAGCCGGGUACUCCACCGAGGACAGACAGAGAAACUCGAGACAGACAAGGACACCGCUCCUCACCCGCGCUUGGCCCGACUGCUCCGCGACCCGUCCGUCGACCGACUUCCUCAAGAGAUGGUGGUCAUCACACAUUCACAACAUUCUCCGCCAUCCUCCCGCCUUCCUCUGAGGCCUCCUCGUCCACUUUUCAUCCACCCGUGAUGCCCGACAAAUUCGUCAAACGCCGAUCUCACACUCCUGGUCCCAUGCGAAGCGCCUCCUCUAGCUCUACAGCCUCUGCUGCGAGUCGCCUGCGAAAGGCGAAAAGUGCAGAAGUCUUUCGAAAAUUUACAAAGUCCAAUGACGUUGUUGGCAGGCCAUACGUCCCUCUAUCCGAUCCUGAAGACGACAACCCUGAAUCUAUGAUUGGUGCGGCUGUCAUGUCGCAAGCAUCGAGUCGCUCGUCAAGGACAAUGGAGGAGGAGAUCCGCAGCGUUCAGGUGUCUGUCCAAUACAUGCCUGAACGGUCGGGAUCGGUCAUGACCGGUUGGACUCGGCGCACAGAGCACUCAGCCUCUGGUCCAAGUGGGAAUACACCUCGCCGACCGCUACCCAUGGAGCCGACUACAACGACAAUUAUGGAGAUGGAUGAUACCCCUCAGUCGCACGAAGACAGGAUUGGCUUGACACCAAUCUCAACGAAGAGACCGCCUCCAUCCCCUCUGAGAUCCGACUCCUUUUCUUCAGAUCACUCUGAGCCGGAGCCAAAGCCGGAGAUGAUGACUCGAUCUCUUUCUACACCGACGGGCAAUCCAUCACCCGCCAAACCGUUCUUUUCGUUCCCCGAAGGUCUGGAUGAUCCGCCGCCAUCCAUUAGGCCGCCAAUAAUGGAUCACCGCCAAUCUAGCGUGUCGACCGGUAUACACUCGAAGAACGCCAUUCUACUAUCUGCCGAGUCUGGAGCCUUAAUGCUCGAGUACUCUGACAAAGGCGGAGCAGGUGUCUGGAAAGAGGGCCAAUUGAUCAUUGGCAAGGGCGCGGGCCUGACGACCACGCCCGAUACUGUCUCGAUAGCAUCUACGGCCGACUCGGAAGAGCAGGCAAUGGAUCGAGUCAAACCCAAGUCCAGACCCCGAGCAGACUCCAGACUAUCGACACACACGCAAUCUGGUUAUCUCAAGCAUUCGAAGAGCCGGUCUGAGGACGACGCUCUCCUAGCUCGACAAGGUACUUUAUUCCACCCUUCAUCUUCCCAUGACCGUACUUCGGAUGAAUUAGGCGUCAUGCUGGGAAAGAAGGGAAACAGGCGACUCUCCCAGUCCAAGCUACUACCGCCUCCGGAUAAUGUCUGGGAGAACGAUAUACCGGACGGGAUCAGGCUGGAGGCUAGCAAGAAGAGGAAGGCUCGGGUCGAAGUUGACAUUGUAUUGGAACGUGACUGCGUAGUUGAGGGUGGAGAGGUAAGAGGAAGGAUGGAGGUCAGGGUGCAUGGAAGCAAGCGCUCUGAGGGCCUACGGGUCGGGGCUGGCAAAAUACGUGUCGUUGGCUUUGAGGAAACCUCCAACGCUCAAAGACAUAUCUUCUACCAUCAUCCCCAUCCUCUGCCGCAAUUCUCGCGCCGUCCAGACGAGGACAUGCCAGGGAUCUCGCUCUUUGCUUCCGAGCCUGACCGAGACGGCUAUCGCUUAGCUGCAGAAGGCACCCAUUCGAUCCCCUUUCGCCUGCGUCUUCCUCUCGAUGGCGGAGCUAAAGGCUCAUUUGGUAACGCUGCUACAAAAGGCCCAGGCGUCAGAUACGUUGUGGUCGGCAGCGUCAAGCUCUAUCUGCCAGUCAGCGAGAAGAGAUCCAUCGCGCACUUCUAUCGAUCUUUCAAUGUCUUGCCAUAUCUCAAAGCCUCAACAGUACUAGCCCCUAGCAGAGAACCGAUCGAGGCAAGUACGGAGAGCGGUAUGGGGUGGCGAAUGGGAGGUGAUAAAGGCCGAGUGAACCUCCGGGUGGCGCUUGGCCGUGGAGUUUGGCUAUCGGGUCAGAAGCUGUGGUGUGAAGUCGGCAUUCAUAACGAGUCCUCAAAGAGGAUCAAAUCAUUGCAAUUGGCCAUUCUGCAGACUGUUCAGACGUUCAAUCCCAACGCUCAACUGGAUCCAUCAGGCAGGGCUGCACGUCACCAAAUAUCUAAGCGCAAAUCCGCGGAUCGAGAGGCUCUUCUCAGUCAACCGAAUGUCGAUACCGACCUAGAUGCUUGUCAGACCUUCACUCAGCAGCGGAAGGUCAGUGAGCAGGUGCUUGAAUCAGAUCAUGCGGCCCCUGGAGCUGGCCGUGUGACAGGAAAGGGCUGGUGGACGGGAGUGGAAUCAGGCGACUCUGGUCAUUGGGAUCUAUCGAUAUCUAUCCCAUCUGAUCUGAUCAGCAUACGGCGCGCUCGACUGGUCGAGGUCCGAUACAUGCUCCGAGUCUCCAUCAGCAAUUCCAUCUACGUUGAUAUUCCGAUCACCCUGAUCGACUUCCUCUCGAUCGACCCACCUCCAAUGCCCGGUGAUACCCCCAGACUUCCAAUGCCUCAAAGCAUAUCGACGAGAGCGAGAAUGCCUCGAGAAGACUCGCUUGGCCUGCCGGAUAAUCAAAAGGGGGCCUUCUACCCAUUGAGUGAUCCAUCGGGAUCCAGGGAACACGAGGUGAUUCCCGUUCGAAGGCAAGCCCAGAGCUCGCGACUCCAUUCGCCCGCAAAUGAGGCUCGAUCCAGAUUGGAUUCACCGGCGGAACGGCCCAUGUCAAUGGCCAGCGACUACACGGAGGACUCGACGCCCAUCUUGCCUCCAGCAACCGAGCCUCGACGUCCAGCUGCAAACCGCAUCAUGUCGUACCUGUCUUCGCCGCCCAUUGGAAGUGAGGAGACUGGAAUCAGCUCCUCGAUGGAUUGCCUGAGUGAAGAAGCAGACAAGGCCUUGUUGGCGGCAAGACGAGCUCAAGGUCGGGCGAGAUCCCUUGCGGCCAUUGAACGCGCGGUGGCGAGAGAAGCGGCUCAUGACAUGGCGCAUGAGCCCGUCGAAAACGAGGACUUGGAUCAAGCUGAUGACCAAAGCGAGGGAUCUCGCUUUCAACCGCUGGCCACACCGUCGGAGGAGGUGUUCAAGAUGAUGGGCAGUCCAGAGGGUGGUGAUUCGGAUAACACGCCACGUCCUUCGACUCGAGGUAGAUUUGAGAAUCAGAAAAUCGAUCAUGAAGAUUACGUGGACCACGGGCCCGGUCUGCACGAUCUUGCAAAACGCGAGCACAUCGAAAACAAUGAGGACCCAGACGAGGAUGUCGGAAACGAUACUGUACUCGAGGAUCUGGUACACAGGCGGCCUGGCGAUACUGAAGAGGAUGGUGACUGGAUUGACGAAAGUGACGAGGAAGACGACGAAGAUGCGCCUAAUCGUGCUGAAGAGCAUCCUCCUUCAGAGCGGGAACCCAAACGCCAAAACGUUGUUUCAGCAGAAGACCCUUUGGAUGCCGGACACCCUAUUCAUCAAGCGAUUAGCAUCGGUACCAUAAACCCCUCCAUAGAUCCUCAGCUCGCGUUUAUGACCGGAGAAAUGCCUCACACGAGGGACAGAUACGCUCGGCAGAACCGCUCAAUCAAUGAUUCGGUCGCCACACAUCAUACGCACAGCUCAGAGGGGUCUAGCGAGAUUGGAGAGAUAAUCGAAGCGAGGAAGGAGCAGCUGCCUCCGAAACGAAGGGCAAGCCUUAUGAAAGCGGCUCUUCCUGAGAAAUCCUACUCGGCCGCCGGCGGGGAUCUCAAGUUUGGAAAGAGAGCCAGCAAGUCAUCCAGCACGCCUGCUCAGUCAACUCUCCCAGCCAAAGCUCCAGACUCGCCGGCCAGUGCCUCCAUUUUUGCGGGCAGAGCUUCACGUCGAGCGGAGCCACCUACACUAGAUGUUCCCCCGAUACAUCAACUUUCUCCCGAACCUGAAGUUCCAGAAUUGACACCGUCAGUCCAUUCGGACCCCGGUUCCAGUCAGGAAGAACCCAGCAUCGAAUCGCCCGUCAUCUCGGAGCCUGAGCACGCUCUUCGACCAGCAACCUCUCAGCGCUCCUUGCCUCAAGUCCCGACGCAGUCGGCCGGUCAACGGGCUGAUUUCGCUGGAAUGGAUCAUGCUCCGGCAGAAAAUCUCUGGCUCCCAGCAGAAACACUGCUUCGCAAUCAGGUGAACCGGUUCAGGAGUGAGACUCCAGGUCCUUCUGUCAGGCCCAUCUCCCCCGUUGCGAGAUCGACAGACGAACACAGCGUGGAUCAUUCCACUGGAUCCUCAAACAGUCAUGAGACAGAGAGCUCUGGACAAACGCAUGAGUCACUAUUGCCGAGUGUCAGGACGAAGAUCGCACAAUUGGAAGAGAGACAGGAAGCGUUGAGAAGGAUGUCCCUAGCUUCUUUUGGCACCCCAAUGGCAUCUCCGAAACCUGCAGACGACAAGGGUUUGAAGAACUCGGUCCUCAGGUCUAAAACCGCGACAGUAACGCAGUCGGCAGCACCUUCGCCUCAGAUCAAGCAAACGACACGGCCUGCCAGAUCCCGAACGCUUGGAGCAGAAGAUAUAGAUAUCAAGCCUGGAUCCACAUCGCCUGCACUCCCUUCUCGCUCCAACAAGGACUCUGCGGAUCCAGUGUCGCAUCGUAAAGCAGCUCGGACCCCUGGUCUGGCGUACCGCGAAGGAUACGAUGACUCCAGCUCCGAGCCCGAGGUGUAUCAAGUCAACUCGGAUGCGGGUCAUGGCGACGCGGAAUCGCCACGCAGUCGCCGGUCUCACGUCUCAUCACCCAGGAGUCCCCCUGCAAAGACUAAACGCAAAAGCUAUACCGCUGCACUUGCGCCGCGGCCGACGCGACAAACGUCCGACGAUUCUGGACUUCCCAAUCCCGAGCGAGCGCAAACCCAGAGGUUGGUGGUCUCCCCGACCAGUGGGGUUCCUAUAGCGAUGGCCUCGGUAUCUGAAACCGGUCAUGGAGAUCCUUCAGCCAGCCGCACGCCACGAUCCCAAAUGACCUCGACAUCUGCAAGUCCUGCUCAUUCUAGAUCGUCGGCCCCGGUGCCGGGUCGCUCUCGAACCAUGGGUGAUCGGCCUUCAAGCUAUGCUCCCAUGCCGAGACCGAAAGGUUCGAGAAGCGAAUUGCGUCGCGAGAAAAGCGCAUCAUCGACAUCAACAUCUGCCACAACCGCCGAAGCAGCAUUGAUAAAUAGGAAGCAGCAGAUACCGAGGCGGCAGACAAGAGCUCAAACAAUGUACGUGGAGGGGAAACAUGCCAAUCACGACUAUGACUACGAGUCGUACUCAUCCGCGCACGUCCAAGAAAGCCAUGGCGGGGUGGCACCAACUUCAGCGUACGCCACGGGAGAUCAGAAGUAUUUCAACCACUAUGGCGGGGGCGGAGGGUUCUACGCCGGCACGUAUGGUGUAUAUCACGAGCCUUACAAGAGCUCAACCGAGGCGGGCUCGGCCAACUGGGUCCGCCCCGCCGAUCGACCGGAUCAGAGUUUUGAAGGAGUCGACGAGACUGAAUGGGACAAGUUCUACUAAUAGAAUCACUCGUUGUACACUCAUACAUCUUGCUUUGCCAUUCUGCAUACUGUACAGGCUUGGGAU